AUGGUGACCAGUACUACUGCUAAGAAACCACACAGUUAUAUGGACAACGAGGGGAAUCUGCAGUCGGCUCCUCGCGGCAAGAAUGAUUUUGGAGAGGGGUUCCGCAUGUGGGCCGCAGCCAGUAACGACGGCGGCGAGAAUUCCUUCUUGUCGAGAGGUGUGAUUAUGGAGUACCUGGAAAAGAAGAAGGACGGGAAAAUCAGUGGGGACAUGCAUGGCGGAGGCGACAAAAACUCCAAGGGCAAACCGCGGAAACUCCGGAGUAUGGAUGGCAGCAAUGGGCGUCGUGGUGGUGGCGGCCGAGCGCAAUCACAUCAAUCACAUCAUUGCGAAAUUGACGAUGAAGGACUAGAGGUACACGAAGAGCAACCAAAGCCAAAACGCUCGUACAGGACUCAACGAAAAGACCCCACAGUCCACAAGUUUGGAAAGAAACAGUACAGAAUCGGAAUGCAACCGCAUCAAAAUUCCGAUGGGAUCAUGAUGACCAGAUCCAGCACGAAAUAG